AUGUCUUCCCUCCGAGCAGCAGUUUACGUUGCACCGGCUAUCCCAUGGUACAAGCCAAAUGGUGUGGAAGGCGGACCAUGGUCACCCAUCUCUUCCACGCUGAUCUACGGGGAGCGGGAAGCUGUCCUGGUUGAUACCCCCAUCACUACUGAGCAAACUCGAGAAUUGGCAGAUUGGAUUGCGAGAACUUUGGGCCCGUCGAAACGACUGACCAGCUUAUACAUCACACAUGGCCAUGGCGAUCACUGGUUCGGCAUCCCGACAUUAGUUUCACGGUUUCCUGGCUUGACUGUCGUUGCUACUAAAGGGACAAUAUCACACAUGCGAGAUGAAGCAUCGCCUCAAGGUUUCAAGAGAUGGAACUCGCAGUUUCCCAAUCAGAUUGACCAACCAUUCCGAUUCGACGUUAUCCGUGAACUACCUGCGUCUGGUGAAUUCUUGCUGGAAGAUCACCUCAUUAAAGCUAUUGAGGUCGGGCAUUCGGAUACUCACCAUUCCACAAUUCUUUGGGUUCCCGAUCUUAAGCUCGCGGUGUGCGGGGAUGUUGUUUAUGGGGAAGUUCAUCAAAUGCUGGCAAUUGCGAACAAGAAAGAGCUCCGAGAGGAAUGGAUCCGUGCAGUCGAGAAGGUGCAAGGCCUACGGCCUGAAUUGGUCGUUCCAGGGCAUCAGAAACCGGGAGAAAUGCAUGGAACAUGGCAUUUGGAGAAUACAAAGCAAUAUAUUAAGGAUUUUGCAUAUCUGGUUGAGUCAGGGGAGGCUAAUGAUGCGAGAUCACUCAGCGGGAAAAUGAUGGACAAAUAUCCGAACCGAUUCAAUAAAGGUGCCUUGGUGGCUAGCAGUGUAUCGGCCUUUGCGCUGCAGAAGAAACCCAGUCUCUAG